UCUCUUCAAUGACUACACUUUUUCGGAACUUAUAAAUCAGACACAUCGAUUUCUCCUCCUGUCUCUCAGCUUCAUCCGCUUGAAAUCAUGUGAUUAAUAAAAAAUAAAAGCAUUUCUGCUGUUUACAGUUUCAACUGCAUGGCUGUUGUGGCUCAUGUGGCAUAAAUGGGAUCACAAAUUCCUGUAUAUGUGCUCCAAAUACAUCAAACCUUUGUGGGAGAUUGAUAACAGAACAUCCAAUGGUGGACCCUAAAGCCCCACCUUGUCCAAACAUUGUUUAUAGGCGUAUACAACCGUCUGAUUUUGAAGUUCUUGUACGGAUCCACCAUGAUUUAUUUCCUAUCACAUAUGAAUCUGAGUUCUUCCGCAAUGUUGUCUUUGGUCGUGAUAUUGUGGCUUGGGGAGUUGUUGACCGUAGUCGGCCUGGCGGUCAAGAUGACGAACUUAUUGGAUUUGUUACGACACGUAUUAUCCCAGCAAGAGAAAGUGAGGUAGGGGAUAUGCUCAGAUAUGAUUCUUCAAGGACAGAACAAGUGCUAGUUUAUAUUUUGACACUAGGAGUAGAGGAGGCUUACCGAAAUCUUGGAAUAGCUACCUCACUUAUUCGGAAGGUUAUCGAAUAUGCAUCUAGCAUUCCUACUUGUCGAGCAGUUUACUUGCAUGUAAUUUCUUACAAUGAGCCGGCAAUUCGUUUCUACAAGAAGAUGUCAUUCAAGUGUGUACGGAGGUUGCCAAAUUUUUAUUACAUUAGGGGCCAGCAUUAUGAUUCAUAUUUGUUUGUAUACUAUGUAAACGGCGGUCGUUCUUCUUGCUCCCCACUAGAGAUUGUCACCACUGUAGCAACAUAUGUGGGAAGCCUUUUCAAGUCUCUGGCUGCUAGGCUAUGGAAGAAUGAAGAGAAAAAGUUAAGAUGGCCCAAAUGUAGAGAAAGCAGUGGCCUUCUAAUUGACCAAAACAAGGGAAUACUCAUAACUGAGAAUGCUGGUUGUCAAUGUGUCUAGUAUUGAAAUCCUCUUUGCUGCUUCUAUUGAAACUCAAAAGGUCAUAUAUCAGGUGUUUGAACCUUGGUAAGGCUUUUAUUCAUGUAGCCAACCGCACUCAGUUGGGAUAAUCUUGGUUGAACUGGCUCAAGUUUAAC